CGACUGUUGACGGUGUAACACCACACUGGAGAAGACGCUUGCAUCCCUUCAUUGUAAAUUGUUUUUUAGCUCCGUUUAUUCUCCUUUAAAUAUCUUUAAUUCAUCGUAAAUGAGUUGCAGCGGAGACAGCGAUGAUGACAGCAGCAGCUGUAAGCGGAAGGUGGCUUAUGUUUACAGCCCGGAAUACAUCCAGACUUGCGAUAGUUUAUCCAAAGUACCAAACAGGGCAAGUAUGGUCCACUCACUGAUAGAAGCCUACGGACUCCUUAAACACAUGAGCGUCGUUAAACCUCAGGUAGCGACCAUCGAGGACAUGGCCAAGUUCCACACAGACUCUUACCUGGAGCAUCUUCACAAGAUCAGCCAGGACGGAGACAACGACGACCCGCAGUCCGGAGACUACGGCCUGGGUUACGACUGUCCCGUGGUGGAGGGGAUUUAUGACUACGCGGCAGCAGUAGGGGGCGCUACACUGACAGCAGCUCAGUGUCUGAUGGACCAAAAGUGUGAAGUGUCUGUAAACUGGGCAGGAGGCUGGCACCACGCCAAGAAGGAUGAGGCGUCAGGUUUCUGUUACGUGAACGAUGCUGUGCUGGGAAUCCUCAAACUGAGGGAGAAGUACGAGAGGGUUCUGUAUGUGGACGUGGAUCUGCAUCAUGGAGACGGUGUGGAAGACGCCUUCAGCUUCACAUCCAAAGUCAUGACCAUCUCGUUUCACAAGUUCUCCCCCGGCUUCUUCCCAGGUACGGGGGACCUGUGUGACACGGGGCUGGGUAAAGGACGAUGGUACGCCGUGAACGUCCCACUGGAGGACGGCAUCAAGGACGACAGAUACUACCAGAUUUUUACCAGCGUGAUGCAGGAAGCGCGGGCGCAGUUCAACCCGGAGGCCAUGGUCAUGCAGCUGGGGGCCGACACCAUGGCGGGGGACCCCAUGUGUUCCUUCAACAUGACCCCAGUGGGGGUGGGCAAGUGUCUGCAGCACGUCCUGCAGUGGCAGCUACCCACGCUGCUGCUGGGAGGAGGAGGUUAUAACCUGGCUAACACGGCCCGAUGUUGGACCUACCUGACGGCCGCCGUGCUGGGAAAGACUCUCUCCUCCGAGAUACCGGACCACGAGUUUUUUACAGAGUACGGACCCGACUACUCGCUGGAGAUCAGCCCAAGCUGUCGACCAGACCGAAACGACAGCAAACACCUGGACACGGUCAUCAGCACCAUCAAAGGGAAUUUGAAGAAUGUGGUUUAGGAGCCGGCAGCCUCCUCCACACCCACACACACACACACACACACACACACACACACACACACACACACACACACACACACACACACACACACACCCACCCACACACUCCAUGUUUCCUAACCAGGGCGAUGCUCGGCGGCCUUAAUGAAGACAAUAUGGAGACGGACCCCUUCGGCCCCGAGGCAUGAAGGCAGGAUAAAUAGAGCAAGAGAGGGGUUUGGGAAACAUUAGCUGAGUGUUUCCAGGGGGAAACAGUUUAAUAAGAGGGGGGGGGGGGGUGAUGUGGUUGCUGUACAGUGUUUGUAAUUCUUUUGUUUGUUGGAAAAAGGUGUGUGUGUGUGUGAAUGAGAGUUCACUCAAUCGUUUUGUUGGUAUCGGGGGAUGCGUUUGUGUACAUCCCGUCAGUGGGAUAUUUUACACUGAAUGGAAAACCAGAUUUCUUCAGGUGUCAUGUUUCACGUUCACCCUGGUGCUGCUGCUGUGAUUUCACCCCCCCCCCCCACCCCCCGAGGACACAUAAGCUCUAAAACAGACACAAAAGCCCAACAGUGCGGUUUCCCCCAAACGUCUCGUUAAAAAAAAAAAAAAAAACCUGAGCGAGUCCGGAAAGUCCAGAAAAAAGUACUUUUUGAAAUGAAUUGAGAAACUUGGAGAGUAAACAACGUCUGGAAAAGAAAAAAGACACGUUGGUGAAGUUAGCCACAUUUGUUUAGACCCUUGGGCAAAACCUGUAAAUGAAACAUCUGGACAGCGUUUGUCUCUCUGUGAAAAACACACUUUCCCUGAACAUCUUCCAAAGAUUUCAUCAACUUCAAGAAGGUUUUUAGAUGAAACAUUAACGAGUUAGAAGAAGGUGAAAUCAAUUCAAAUAUGGCCGCUGCAGAAGAUUUAAUCUUUUACAACUCUUGAAAUAUUUAAUAUGUUCUUCUCAGCCGUAGCGUCACAUGUCCUCAGUGCCAGAUGAUCAAAAGCCAGUCUGUCGUAUAAAUAGUUCCUCUGUUAAGAAACAAACAAGAUGUUCCCUUUUUAAUGUCGCUAUACUCUCCCUAAAUACACAGUUUGGGAAACAUAAAAUCCCCCCAGCUGUCGAUGUGAGUCACAUUUCACAGCUGCAUGUUACUGUGGACAAACAAGUGACACCGAAAUGUUUUUGAAAUUGACAUUGCACUCUGAAAGGUUGAAUAACUAGGGCCAAAUUGCGUUCCUUUUGGACCAUAGAAAAAGUGGUUUUACACAAAGAAAUCCAACUCAAGGUCCACUGUGGAUCUUGUUUAGGAACUUUCAACUGCAUAUUAUGGUUUUGCCUAGCUCCAAACUUCCAUUAGUGAAAUUGUGGUAGCUAAAAACAUUCUUCAGACAUUAUAAUCGUUCAAUAUUCCUUUUUAUUCUUGACGAUUUUCCCAAAAAUGGCAAAAGAACAGGAAAAUUCUCCCUUAUUACAUUUCAAAAUGGCGUCUUAGUGAAAAUAACACGUUUAAACCUGAGUCACUUUCUUCUACUACAUUGUUUAAUUGUCAAUAUCCUGUAUGUAUGUUACGUUACACAAGACUGACUGUCAUUUGACCAAAAAUCUUCAAAUAUGGAAACAUUUUAGCAUAAAGUUAACUUGUGAAAUUGUUGGAAAUCGUAAAGAAAAUGUGUUUAAUUGUUAUAUUCAUGCAUUUGUUUUUUCUUUUUUUCUUUUUUAAACUUGUUGGCAUGUGUUAAAGUGUACAUACAAGGAGCGUUUGUUGAAAUAAAAGCCAGGAGAGCA